AAACGCGGAGCCGGGGCGGGGCCGUGGUGUGCUGGUUUUCGGCCGCCACAACUUCUUAGCUUGAGCGUUCCGGCCGCAGCCAGCACCCUCGCCGGCGGGAUCUCCCAUUCCAGGUUUUCCUGCAAAAAUGCAGUCCCCGGGAUGCCUUCGCAUCGCUUCUUCCCUCGGGUGACUCUAGAGACUGCUGUGUUACAGAAGAUGAUGUGACUUUCAGAAUACUGAGUGAGAAGAAUGAGUCCAGAUGUGCCUUUGCUGAAUGAUUACAAACAGGACUUCUUUCUGAAGCGCUUUCCACAAACUAUUCUUGGAGGCCCCCGUCUCAAAUUAGGCUAUUGUGCCCCUUCUUACAUAUAUGUUAAUCAAAUUAUCCUUUUUCUAAUGCCAUGGGUGUUGGGUGGAAUAGGAACACUUCUGUACCAAUUCAGCAUCCUGGAGGACUAUUACACAGCAGCACUUUCAGGUGGACUAAUGCUUUUAACUGCAUUUAUCAUCCAGCUCACAAGUUUAUAUGCCAGAAGCAAAUCAGUAACAGUAGAAAGAAUGCUAACUACAGAUAUCUUGGCAGAGGAAGAUGAACAUGAAUUUACAAGUUGUGCUGGUGCUGAAACUAUCAAAUUUCUAAUUCCUGGCAAGAAAUAUAUAGCCAAUAUAAUUUUUCAUUCUGUUCUUGCUGGAUUAGUAUGUGGUCUUGGAACAUGGUAUCUGCUCCCAAGCAGAAUAACAUUGCUGUACAGCAGUGUGGGAGGCACUGCUCUGCUAUUUGUUUUUGGAUGGUUGACAUUAUGUAUAGCAGAAUAUUCAUUAAUUGUAAACACAGCUACGGAGACUGCGACUUUCCAAACACAGGAUACUUAUGAAAUCACUCCUCUUAUGAGACCUCUUUAUAUUUUUUUCUUUGUUUUCGUAGAUCUUGCACACAGGUUUAUAGUAAAUAUACCAGCAUUAGAACAGAUGAACCAGAUUUUACAUAUUUUGUUUAUAUUUUUACCCUUUUUGUGGGCACUUGGGAUUUUGCCCCCACCCGAUGCACUUUUCUUAUGGGCAAUGGAACAGUUUUUAGAGUUUGGCCUUGGAGGCUCAUCUGUGUCAACCCACCUCUGGUUAUUAAUAAUGUUCAUCAUUUCUGCUGGAACAGCUGUAAUAUCGUAUUUUAUUCCCAGCACUAUUGGUGUGGUUCUUUUCAUGACUGGACUUGGAUUCUUACUGAGUCUUAACCUAAGAGAGAUGGGUUUUGUCUUCAAACACAGUGUGAUCGGACCCCGAGUUGGAACCAAAUCUAAGGCCUUACCUAUCGGUUCAGAAAAACAGUUUACUUGGAAGGAAUGCCUUUUCUACAUUACCAUAUUAGUCUUGGCUCUCUUAGAGACAAGCUUGCUGCAUCACUUUGCGGGUUUCUCAAAUAUUUCCAAAAACAAUCCCCAGGCUGUUGUUAGCUAUCUUUUGAUAAUACUACUUACAAUACUGUGGAUACUUAGAGAAAUUCAAGGUGUCUAUAUCUUUGGAAUUUUCCGAAACCCUUUCUAUCCAAAGGAUGUGCAUACCAUGACGUUAUUCUUAGAAAAGCAAACAAGGCUCAUGAAGAUUGGUGUUGUGAGACGGAUUUUACUAAAUCUAGUGUCACCUUUUGCUGUGCUAGCAUUUCUUUCAUUGGACAGCUCCUUACAAAAACUCCAUUCUGUGUCUGUCUCCAUUGGAUUCACAAGAGCUUUUAGAAUGGUAUGGCAGAAUACAGAAAAUGCUUUAUUGGAGACAGUCAUUGUAUCAGCAGUACACUUGUUUGUCUCCAGUACAGACAUGUGGUGGAACAGAAGCCUGGAUACAGGAAUCAGACUCUUACUGGUUGGCAUCCUACGUGAUCGUCUGAUUCAAUUCAUCUCUAAAUUGCAGUUUGCUGUGACUGUACUUUUGGCAUCAUGGACAGAGAAAAAGCGUCGAAAAUCAACCACCAGUUUAUGUGUACUCAACAUUGUCUUCUCACCAUUUGUGUUGAUCUUCAUAGUUUUUUCUACUCUUCUUUCUUCACCCUUACUUCCACUCUUCACCCUUCCUUUGUUCUUGGUGGGGUUUCCCCGACCAAAUCAGAGUUGGCCAGGAGCAGUGGGUGCCUCAGCCUGUGUGUGUGCAGAUACAAUGUACUACUACCAGAUGGUCCCAAGUUUGAUCACUGCACUGCAGUCUGCUAUGGCAGCUGGAAGUUUAGGUCUCCUCUUACCUGGAUCUCAUUACUUGGGCCGUUUUCAGGAUCGUUUAAUAUGGAUAAUGAUUUUAGAACAUGGCUAUUCUUACUGCUGUAUUAACAUUAAGGGGUUAGAAUUACAAGAGACAUCCUGUCAUACAGCUGAAGCACAAAAAGUUGAUGAAGUUUUUGAAAGUGCCUUUGAACAAGAAGAAUAUGUAGGAGUAUGUUCCAUUAACGAACACUUUGGAAAUAUCUUGACACCCUGUACUGUUUUGCCUGUGAAAACAUAUUCUGAUGCCCGGAAUGUCUUAUCUGGGAUAAUUGAUUCUCAUGAUAACUUAAAAGAAUUUAAAGGUGACCUUGUGAAAGUACUUGUGUGGAUACUUGUUCAGUACUGCUCCCGAAGGCCAAGUCUGCAGGAGACUGUCCUCAACACUGAAAAUAAAGGGAAAGCAUCUCUCAUAAUCCUGCCUGCUCUGAACACUUCACCACACACCCAAUCCUCAGAUGACACAGAUAGUUUAAAUUCAGAAAAUUUUGAUGACUGGUCUGAUGAUAAUAUUUUUGGUGAUGAGCCAACUAUUCAAAAAGGAAAAGAAGAAAAAAAUCAAUUGAAAGGUUUCCCUAGUAUAAAUUUGCCUAUUCCAGGAUCCAUUAACUCACAGAUAGUUGAUAACCAUUCUAUAGGCACAGUUCCUGAAAACAAUCUUUAUAAAACAGUCAUAUUGGGAUAUCCUGCUGUUGACAAAGGAAAACAAGAAGACAUGGUAUAUAUCCCUCUCAUGGAGUUCAGUUGUUCUCAUUCUCACUUGUUAAGCUUACCUGAAGAAUGGACAUCUAACUGUUUGCCUAAUUCCAAAAUGAGAGAGAUGAGUUCAUUAUUUCCAGAAGACUGGUACCAAUUUGUUUUAAGGCAGUUGGAAUGCUUUCAUUCACAAGAAAAUGCCUCAAAUGUACUAGAAGAAAUUGCAAAGGACAGAGUUUUAAAAGACUUUUAUGUUCACGCAGUAAUGACUUGUUAUUUUAGUUUAUUUGGAAUAGACAAUAUGGUUCCUAGUCCUGGUCAUAUUUUGAGAGUUUACAAUGGUGUUUUGCCUUGGUCUGUUGCCUUGGAUUGGCUCACAGAAAAACCUGAAUUGUUCCAGCUAACCCUGAAAGCUUUCAGAUAUGCUCUGAAACUGAUGAUUGAUAAAGCAAGUUUAGGUCCAAUAGAAGACUUUAAAGAGAUGACUACCUACCUUGAGGAAUAUGAAAGUGACUGGUACAUUGGUUUGACAUCUGAUGAAAAGUGGAAGGAAGCAAUUUUACAAGAAAAACCCUAUUUGUUUUCUCUGGGGUAUGAUCCUAAUAUGGGAGUUUACACUGGGAGAGUACUUACCCUUCAAGAAUUAUUGAUCCAAGUUGGGAAGUUAAAUGCUGAAGCUGUUAGAGAAUGGUGUAAAACCACUUUAUCCUGCUCCUCUUUGCUAAGCCCAAACAUAAACCCUGUGAUACAUCAGAUAAGCAACAGAGAACAUAAAAAGUGGUAAGAUGAAAGCAAGCUGCUUUGGGAUCCCAGGACUGGAAGAGGAGCAGAGUGGCAUGGUGUUUUGCAUCCUCCCAGCCAACAGCUGAAGGCCACCAAGACUCAACAGUUCUUGACCUCCAACCCAACAACUUAAGGCAACACAGGUUAAAUAGUUGAAUAAGAUCUCCUCUGGUAACACUAAGCAAGUCUGACAUCACCAGCAAGGGGGAUCAAUUGGUAGCCCUGCUGAAAACAAGUGACUAGAGCAAGCACUUUCCUUUCCUACUGGCUUUAAGACUUUCCCUUUCCACAAAAGAUAACAAGGUGGGCAGGUAAAACU